UGCCCCUCUCGUACGGGCCCUGUGUACCGAGAGCGCAACAUCUUCCCUCCUAGCGCCAUCGCGCUCCAAUCAUUGCCGCCAGCAACAGGUCAUCUCUACUCGCGGCUGGUCCGGGAGAGAAAAUCGGCCGCGGACGGUGGUGGUGGUCACAAGAAAAAGUUGCCUGCGUGUGCUUGAACCCAACUCACCCGGGCGAAAGAGGCAAAAAAAUUUGGUUACCUCCAUCGGAAUAGACAUCAUCCUCCAGAUUGAAGGCGCAUGUGUGAGUGUAUGUGUGAAUCUGGCACAGCGAAAUAGCGCAAUUCAGAUCUAGCUCGGUAGAUCUAAUAAGUCGAAAAAUUAAGCAUUGUUAGUGGAAAACAUACUUGUGGAUAAAUUGUGUCUAAUUUGGUGCAGAAUUUCGAGUGAGAAUAGCGCAUUCAAGUGCCAAGCCAGAAUCUGAUAUCCAUAGAUACCACAAACGGAUACGGAAUGUGAGCAGUGACUAGCAGCAGCAGCAGCGGUGUAAAACGUGUAGAAACGAAGUGAUUGCUCCGCGCUCAGGUGUGUGUAUUCGGUGUUGCUGGAAUAGUGCAGAGCAGAGCAGUAAACGAGUGGAAAAGUGGAAAAAAAUGAUGUUGAAAACUUGAAGUUUUUAAAUUUUCAAGAAGAGAGAAAAAGAGAACAACCGAGUAGCAAGAGUGGCACAGUGCGCGGUGUCAAGAAAGGUUCAAGAUAAAGUGCACAAGAGUUAGAGAAAAGACAACGAAGAAGAGUUAGAAAUCGUCCGACAGCGAGAAGCACCGAGAAGACCAGUGUGCGUAGUUUGUAUUCGGGUUGUACGGCUAUAAUGAUUUUUAAUUUUUAAAAUGAGCUCCGUUGUUGGCUGAAGACAUGAAAUCGGAAUAAAAUUAAUCAUCACAAUUAGCGUUAAAUAGUGUAGUGGUGGAUGCUGUGGGCAUUGCCGAAAAGUGAGACGUCAAGCCACGUGCAGCAUCCAGGAGAGUUUGUUCAAGAUAUGCGACAAGUGUCAACUGUUUGUGAUGGAUCGUGAAGUGAGUGCUCGCGGUAGCCGAAAACAAUCACCUCACUUCCAUGGAGCUCCAGCAGUAUUAUGACGCACCGUUUAAGUGGAGCCAAGAAUUUAGGUGCAGCAAAUAGUGAAACAAAAGUGCGCUAGGAAGGAAGCAGGUCUGAUUCGACACAAAAGCCAGAUAAAAUGCGGUGUGCCAGUUUGAAAAUUGCCUUUUGGCUGCUAGUCAUACUAGAAUUGUACGCCGCGAUAGAAUGCGUAGGUGCACACGGGCCUGGGCCUGGUCCGGGCCCCGGUGUAGUGAUAGGAGCCCGACGAAGAUCGUCCAAUGAUGGUGCAAUGCAAUCUCGUGCCGUUGAUACCAGAGUUCAAUUUGAAGUGUUUGAGAAUGAACCUCGUCUAACGGUUGUGGGGUACAUUCCAACAAAGCCAGGAUUCACCUAUCGCUUCAAUGAACCACCACGGGAAUUUGUUCUCGAUGCAAACACCGGUGAAAUCAAAACAAACAUUAUUCUCGAUCGAGAAGUCACGAAAAACGAUCGUUACGAUCUGGUGGUAUUAUCCAGUCAACCAACGUACCCGAUCGAAGUCCGCAUCUCAAUAGUAGAUGUCAACGACAAUGCUCCGGAGUUUCCGGAACCUAGCAUAGCAGUGACAUUUUCGGAAAGUGCCAUUUCCGGUACCAGGCUGUUACUGGAUGCCGCUACCGACAAGGACAUAGGCGAAAAUGGAGUCACUGAUGACUACCGGAUCGUAGACGGAAACCACGAUGAAAAGUUCCGUCUGGCAGUUACCACCAAUCCCAGCGGAGACGUGUAUUAUCUGCAUCUGGAAACAACCGGAAAACUCGACCGGGAAACAAUGGGCUCUUAUAUGCUCAACAUAUCCGCUAAAGACGGAGGAACUCCUCCAAAAUUUGGUUACCUGCAGGUCAACGUAACGAUCUUGGAUGUGAAUGACAAUCCUCCAAUCUUCGAUCACAGUGAUUACAUUGUUUCGUUGAAUGAAAGCGUUCUACCAGGGACUCCAGUUCUGCAGGUAAUGGCCUCAGACAACGAUCUGGGAGACAACAGUAAGAUAACUUAUUACCUUUCGGAUACGGAAACGCAAUUCACAGUAGACCCUGAGACCGGAGUCAUUUCAACUACAGAACAACUUACAUGUCCCCAUCAAAAUUGUCAAUCAUUAUCCCGACCCGAUGGAACAUGUCCAAAAAGUUGCGUAUUUACGGUGUUUGCUCGCGAUCACGGAUCACCACGACAGGACGGUAGAACGUACGUGACAGUUAACCUCGUGGAUACCAAUGACCAUGAUCCGGUAAUUCGGUUUCAAUAUUUCCCACCCACGGGGAGCUAUGCAACGGUUGAUGAAAAUGCCGCCAACAGCUCCGUUGUAGCAGCUGUAUCCGUUGUUGAUAUGGAUGAGGGCCUCAAUGGUGACACCAGCUUGAGGAUUAUUGCCGGAAAUGAUCUUCACCAUUUUAGACUGGAAAAGUCUCCCAGUUUCUACAUCGUGCGUGUUAAUGGCGUGCUCGAUCGUGAAGAAAUUGGAAAGUACAAUCUAACCGUAGUGGCAACUGAUCGCGGAACUCCUCCUCGAACGGCAACUGCCCAUCUUAUUAUCCACGUGAACGACGUGAAUGAUCACGAACCAGUCUUUGAGAAGUCGGAAUACUCGACUGUACUGAGUGAACUCGCCCCUUCAGGAACUUAUGUUGCCAGUAUCACUGCCACGGAUGAAGACACGGGAGUAAAUGCUCAAAUUUUCUACGAUUUUGUGUCGGGAAACAAUAAUCAAUGGUUCAAAAUUGAUCCGUCGUCCGGUUUGAUAACGACCCAAGCUCAACUGGAUCGCGAAGUAAACGGAAACAUUGAGCUAAGCAUCUCCGCUCGAGACGGUGGCCCUAAUCCAAAGUGGGCACAUACCCAGCUCAAAGUGACAAUAUUAGACGAAAACGAUGAAGCUCCUCAGUUUUCACAGCCCCGUUUGAACAUAACCUUAAACGAGAAUACCAAACCGAAAACAGUGGUAGCUAUCUUAACAGCCGUUGAUCACGAUCAGGGAACAAAUGGUAGCAUAACCUAUUCCAUGCAUCCAAGCGUAGAGAAAAACUAUCCAGGCGUAUUUCACCUGGAUUCAAUUUCUGGUCAGCUGACUACCAAGAGCAAUCUUGAUCGGGAAAAGGUUUCCAACUACAAUAUUCAAGUGAUCGCACGCGAUCAAGGUACCCCGCCGCAAUCGUCCACGGCGACGGUGCAGCUGAAGAUUGAAGACACCAACGAUAAUAAUCCGGAAUUUUAUCCGAAGCAGUACUUUUUAGCCUUACCAGAUGACACUGCUCCAGGGAGGUCUAUUCUUCAAGUGAAGGCAACCGACCAAGACGAAGGAAUCAACGCAAUGGUGUCAUAUGAGAUCGUUAGUGGAGGAGAUGGACUGUUUGUGAUCGACAGCAACAGUGGGCAAAUUACUUUGAGGGGAAGCUUGAAGAAGUCGUCCAAGCCGUUGCACAAAAUAGUAAUUGCUGCAAAAGAUAAAGGAGGAAGACGGGCUGAGAAGGAUGCUGUGGUGGAGAUCAUGAAGGAAUCGAUCAUGGAAGAAAUUGAAUUCGACACAUUGAGUGGGUACGAGUUUCAGUUGGUGGAAGACAAUGGCCUAGAUGGAAUGGGUAGUGAACGGGAGGUUGGACAGAUCCGGACGAAAUCGUCUCCAUCAGUGAGAAAUGUAGAAUAUUCUAUUCUCCAAGGUGAUCCGAGAGAGAGUUUCAAAAUCAACGCGAGAACCGGUAUGAUCAGCAGUGCGAAGAACAUUGAUCGAGAGACGGCUGCAUUUUAUAGCAUUACUGUGGCGGCCAGAAAUGGAUUGGCAUUUGGACAGACAAUUGUAAACGUUACGAUAGUGGAUCUGAAUGACAACGCUCCAGUGUUUAUGCAUGAUCACGACGAGGUUAGUUUGCCGGAGAAUACAGCUGUCGGACAGGAAAUCUAUCUUUCAAAAGCGAAAGACGCCGACUCAGGAGCCAAUAGUAGAAUCGUCUAUGGGUUAAGUUACAAUCCACAAAAUCUAUUUAGGGUUUCCGAAACGACCGGAGUCGUCUAUCUGAACCGACCGAUACUCGUUGACCCGGGAACUGUAUUGAAUUUGGAAAUAACGGCAUCGGAUAGUGGUGAUCCUCAGUUAUCAACGAAGAGUACUGUUACGGUAACAAUUGAAGAUGUAAACGAUCACACUCCGGUGUUUGAUCAUACUUCCUACGAGACUUCCUUGCUGGAAUCGAUGCCUGUGAAUUCGAGAUUCUUCGCCUUGGCCGCUUCCGAUGCUGAUACCGGAAUAAAUCAACGGAUCACAUAUGCGAUCAUUGAAGGCAAUGUGGAUGAGAAAUUUGGGAUUUUUCCUGAUGGAUUUUUGUACGUGAAAAGUGCACUGGAUCGUGAGGAACGAGAUUAUUACUCGUUGACGAUUACGUGCACGGAUGAGGGUGACCCUUCGCGCAGUUCCUCUGUUCCGGUGAUUGUUCAUGUGAUCGAUGAAAACGAUAACCCACCGCAGUUUACCAAUAGCACGUUUAUUUUUAGCGUGGCCGAAAAUGAACCAGCUGACACGUUUGUAGGGAAGCUGACUGCGGUUGAUCGUGACAUUGGCCGGAAUGCUGAGCUGAUCUAUAUGCUGUCGAGCAAGCAGGAAGAUUUCACAAUCGACUCGCGGAACGGAUUUAUAAAAACGUUGCACGAAUUCGACCGAGAAGCGCUGGUGCAGACAACCGGACAAAAUUUUAUCAUGCUGGAGGCGACCGUGUCCGAUAAUGGAUUGACCCGUCUGCGGGAUAAAGUUAAGAUAAAAGUUUUUAUAACCGACGUGAAUGAUAAUGCACCGCAAUUCGUGCGGGCCCCUUAUAAGGUUCAGAUCUCGGAAGGAUCAUCGAUCGGAACCCAACUGAUUCGGGUGUACACGAACGACGCCGAUGAGGGUCUUAAUGGGGAUGUGUUUUAUUACAUUGCCGAGGGGAACAGCGAUGAGCGAUUCGUAAUUGAUGAUGCUACCGGUCAGAUAACGCUCGCCAAAGCCCUCGAUCGUGAAACGGUGUCAAUGUAUAAAUUAACGAUCGUUGCCCAUGAUGCAUCGAUGCAGAAUCGAUUAAGCACCAGCACGACGGUAACAAUUGAGGUAUUGGACGAGAACGAUGAUGCACCGGAGUUCACCCAGACCCUCAGUCAAAUCUCGAUCAAUGAAACCACACCGGUUGGGACGGAGUUGAUCCGAUUCCGGGCCACCGAUAUGGAUCUUGGUGUUAAUAGUCAGAUUACAUUUUCGAUUGCCGCCGGCAAUCGUCGGGACACGUUUCACAUCGAUCCAAUCACGGGUUAUUUGUACCUGCAUAAAUCGCUUGAUUAUGAGGACACUCAAAGCUACUCUCUGAACAUAACGGCUUCGGAUGGAGGCAACCCACGACUAUCGACAACGAUUCUGUUCAUGGUGAACGUGAUCGACUCGAAUGAUAAUCCACCGAGCUUUCCAAACACGGCAAUCGUAAGACAAAUUCGUGAGGGAAUUCCUGUCAAAACUCCGAUCGUGACGGUAACCGCUGAAGACCCAGAUUCCGGUCCGAAUGGGAAAGUCACAUACGAGAUCUCCAACCAGGAUCCAGAAAAUCGUAAUCGUCAUUUUGGAAUCAACCCGACGACAGGUGUUAUUCACACACUGCAUGCCAUCGAUCGGGAGGCGAUCGACACGUACCGCCUAACGGUGAUCGCGACCGAUCAAGCUUUAGUUCCAUCGCAACGUAUGUCCGCGGAAAAAUUAGUCACAGUCAUAGUGGAAGACAUCAACGAUAAUGCACCGGUGUUUGUUUCUAUGAAUGCUGCCAUUCUGCCCAUGAAAGACAUUCGAGUCGGAGUUGAUAAUAGUCCGAAUCCGGUCAUGUACAUCAACGCCCAUGACGCUGAUUCGAGCUCGAAUGGACUAGUGACGUACGAGAUGACGGGUGGAAAUACAGAUUUGUUCAAACUGCACCGAUCGACUGGUGCCAUUACGCUUCGAAAGUCCAUAUCGAAGCCAGAAAUUCGCUAUCAACUAUCGGUCCGGGCAACCGACGAAGCCGUACAGAACGAGCGCAAGAGUAGUGACGCAUAUAUCACGAUCCUCACGACAAUCCCAACGAACAAUGGACCAGUGUUUGUGAAGAAGGACAUGUUCGGUAGUGUGUCGGAAAAUGAACCAAUCGGAACGAGCAUCCUGACUGUGUCGGCGUAUUUGAAUUCGGUCAGUGAUAUCGAGUACUAUGUGACGAAUGUAACCGGUGAUGGUAAACAAGUGAACCGUUUAUUUGAUAUUGAUACGAAGCUGGGAAUUCUGUCUACGGCUGCGGAAUUGGAUCGCGAGUCCGGUGUGGAAAGCUACGAGGUGGAGGUCUAUGCCAUCGCACUCGGAGGAAUGCCCCGAACUACCAGUACCAAGAUCCGAGUGAACGUGUUGGACAAGAACGAUAGCCCACCGACAUUUCGUGACGUUCCGCUGGUCUUUUCCGUGUCGGAAGAUUUAGCCGUGGGACAGACGGUAGCCCAAAUAACCGCAACCGAUCCGGACACACUGGGCACCCUCGAGUACUCACUGGUGAAAGGCGACACUGGCAAGUUCCUGCUCGAGAAAAACACCGGCCUGUUGAAGCUGCGCGAUACACUAGAUCGCGAAACCGAAGAUACCUACCGGCUGGUGGUCAGCGUUACCGAUGGCGUCCAGAGCACCGAAACCACCGUCACCGUUCAGGUCACCGACACCAACGACAACCCACCGUCAUUUUCUGAACCAGCGUACUCGUUCGACAUUCCGGAGAAUGCGGCACGGGGCUUCCAGGUGGGCGUCAUCUCCGCCAGCGAUCCGGAUCUCGGCACGAAUGCGGCCGUCACCUAUACGGUCAUCUCGGACUGGGCCAACGAUGUGUUCUCGCUGAAUCCCCAAACGGGGAUCUUCACGCUGACGGCGCGGUUGGACUACGAGGAGGUACAACACUACAUUCUUGUGGUGCAAGCGCAAGAUAACGGCCACCCGAGCCUGUCCAGCACGCUGACCGUCUACUGCAAUGUGAUUGAUUUGAACGACAACGCUCCGAUUUUCGACCCGAUGAGCUACUCCAACGAGAUCUUCGAGAACGUACCACUCGACACCGAUGUGGUUACGGUCAGUGCCACCGACACCGAUUCCGGAGUUAAUGGACGCGUCGAGUACAGUAUCACAGCCGGUGAUGACAACGAGGAUUUUCAAAUUCUGAACAACGGUACGAUCCGUACCAGGCGGUCGUUGGAUCGCGAGACGAAGGCUAGCUACAAUCUGAUCGUAACGGCUCGGGAUAGCGCCCGGGAACCGGAAAAGCAGCUUUCGUCCACUGUGCAGGUAACCAUCGUGCUGAAAGACGUAAACGAUCUGGCUCCGGAAUUCGUCACUCCCAACGAAACCAGCAUUGCCGAAAACAUUCCACUCAACACGGUCAUCAUGGCCGUGAAGGCAGUGGACCGUGACGAGGGUCGCAACGGAUAUGUCGAAUACUCCCUGGACCCAAAUGUGCAAACCCCAUUCACGGUAGGCUCAGCAGACGGCCUCUUGCGGGUGUCCGGUCGGUUGGAUCGGGAAACGAAAUCCAGCUACGAACUAACAAUCACCGCCAAGGAUCGAGGCGAACCUCCCAAAUCCAGCCAGUCCAAAAUUUUGAUCCAUGUGCUGGACGACAACGACAACAGCCCAAUUUUCGAUCCGAAACAGUACAGUGCAGCCAUCGCGGAGAAUGCCAGCAUAGGGGCAAGCGUGCUACAGGUUUCCGCCACCGACAUCGACGAGGGCGCUAAUGGACGGGUCCGUUUCUCGAUUGCGGCCGGCGACGACAAUCGAGACUUCACCAUCAGCGAAGACAGCGGCGUAGUUCGGGUGGCCAAGAAUCUCAACUACGAACGCAAAUCGCACUACACCGUUACCGUCCGGGCCGAGGACUCCGCCAGUGACACGGAAAACGGUGAGGUGCGUUUCGACACGGCCAAACUCUCCAUAACCAUCACGGACAUCAACGACAAUCCACCGACGUUUCUGGACUCGCCGUACCUUGCGUACGUGAUGGAAAAUGUCAUCCCACCCAACGGAGGAUAUGUCAUCACGGUGAAAGCUUACGACGCCGAUACACCACCGUUCAACUCACAGGUUCGCUACUUUCUCAAGGAAGGCGAUACGGACUUUUUCAAAAUCAACGCAUCGACCGGUGAAAUCUCACUGCUGCGGGCGCUCGAUCGGGAAAUGCAGGCCGAAUACAUCCUGACACUAGUGGCAAUGGAUACCGGAUCACCUCCCCUUACCGGAACUGGCACAGUGCGAGUAAUCGUGCAAGAUAUGAACGAUCACAGUCCGGAGUUUGAGCGCCAAAGCUAUCAAGCUACCGUUUCGGAAAACCUUCCACCCGGCACCAAAGUUCUACGCCCAGUAGCAACCGACAAAGACACCGGAAUGAACGCCAAGAUUCGAUACACACUAUUGGGUGAACAAUCGCAGCGCUUCACCGUGGAUCAAGACAGCGGAGAGAUCACUACAGCCAGUACCCUCGAUCGCGAGGACAUUCCGCAGUAUCACUUCACCCUUAUGGCUCAGGAUAGCUCAACCACUGAACCGCGAGCCACAGUUGUCAACCUGACGAUCAUCGUUUCCGACAUGAACGACAACAGCCCUGCCUUCGAUUCCGCCAGCUUCCAUGUAAAUAUUCCCGAUCGUAUCAAACGAAACCAGUUCGUGUUUGGUGCCAAAGCAAUCGAUCUGGAUGAAGGGAUGAACUCCCGUAUUUCGUACUCGAUCAGUGGAGCUGACGCGAACAAAUUCCACAUUAACGAAAAUACCGGAGUCAUCGAGGCUUCUGUUGAACUAUCUCUACCAGGACAAAAUGCCGAUCGUGUCUUUAGCCUCAUAAUCGAAGCUCGCGAUCAAGGUUACGAUCAAAAAUCAACCAAAGCCGAGCUUACGAUCGCGUUGAAAUCGGCCCACCUUUUCCCUGUUUUCUCGUAUCUGUCAGAAACUCAAUUCAUGCUACCGGAAGAUAUCGCCGACGGUAAAGUAGUCACAAAAAUAUCCGCCACUUCUCCCAAGAAAGGUCCAGCAGGAAACAUUCGUUAUGCAAUUGCUGGCGGAAACAUCGGCGACGCACUGAGGAUCGAUCCCAACACGGGAGAGGUAGCCGUCAACAAAGGUGGACUUGACUACGAAACGAAUCAACAGUACGAGGUAUGGAUCGAAGCGGCCGAUUCUGAUAGGCCCAGUUUGCGAAGUGUGAUGCAGUUGAUCAUCAACGUGACAGACGCGAACGAUAAUGCUCCGGUGAUGGAAAAGCAAGUCUACACAGCUGAAGUCAUGGAGGAAGAAUCUCCCGGUUCAUUCGUUACGAAAAUUCAAGCUACCGAUGCGGAUACCGAAGAAAACGGUCAACUAACCUACAGCUUGAAGGAUGACUUCGAUAGUUUUGAAAUCAACAGCGAUACGGGAGAAAUAUACACUACAACACGACUUGAUCGGGAAGACAUUCCACGCUACGCGUUGAUCGUGGAAGCAGUUGAUCAAGGCGUUCCUCAAUUGACUGGAAGUGCUACAGUGCUGAUAAGCGUACUGGAUAAGAACGACAACCCACCAAAGUUCACCCGUCUAUUUAGCGUUAACGUGACCGAGAACGCCGAAAUAGGAAUCUUUGUCAUCAAGAUCACCUCUUCCGAUUCGGAUAUCGGUAUCAACGCCAACGCAACCUACAUUUUCACCGAAAACAUUGGAAACAAGUUCAUGAUCGAUUCAACGACUGGAAACGUCACCGUGGCUGGGCAUCUGGAUCGUGAACAGCAAGACGAAUAUAUUCUGAAAGUUGCUGCCGUCGAUGGAGCAUGGAGAGCGGAAACACCUCUGACCAUCACAAUCCAAGAUCAGAAUGACAAUGCUCCCGAGUUCGAACACAGCUACUACAGCUUCAACUUCCCAGAGCUCCAGAAACCGGUAACGUUCGUCGGACAAGUGAUUGCCACUGAUCGCGACAAGCAUGGUCCUAAUUCGGUGAUAUCAUAUUCCCUUCAACAACCAUCGGACAUGUUUUCGAUCGAUCCUGCAACCGGAGAGAUAUUCAGCAAACGAACUAUCCACUACAAACACACUCAGAUGGAAUCAUCGCCGGAGAAUAUGUUCAGUUUGACGGUCCUCGCUACAGACAACGGUAAACCUCCAAUGUACUCGGAAUGCUUGAUCAACAUUAACGUGGUUGACGCCAACAACAAUCCUCCGGUAUUUGCACACCGCGAGUACCUUUCGCCAGCACCAGAGGGAGCCGCAGUUGGACAAAAAAUUGUACAACUAGUCGCUCGCGAUGAACUUGAUUUUGGAGUUAAUGCUGAGAUUGAGUACGUCGUCACUGGAGGCAAUGGAACGAGCAACUUUGUUGUCAAUAAGAACGACGGUUGGAUUAUCGUGAGCAGUAUGCUGAAUGACAAUGCUGGAACGGUUUACACGCUGAAUGUGCGAGCUGUAGACAAAGGUGUUCCUCCUCAACAAGAUGAAAUUGUAGUGACUAUCAUUGUCACGGGGAUGAAUAAGUAUGCUCCCGUAUUUCAGAGUCCCUCGUAUCAGGUGAUCGUUCCGGAAAGUGAACCAAUCGGAUCAACUAUCCUGACGGUGAGUGCCCCAGAUAAUGACGAUGGUCCCAACGGUAUGGUUCGCUACUCCAUUACGGGUGGAAACGAGCGAAAAGAAUUCACCGUCGAUAGUGUCUCAGGGGCCAUCACAAUCCUUCAACCACUAGACUAUGAUCUAAUUCAAAUCUACCAGUUGAACAUCACGGCUGAGGAUCUAGGUUUCAAGCCUAAGAAAUCAAUGGCCAUGAUCACCAUUACUUUGACCGACAUCAACGAUAAUGCUCCUACAUUCAAUCAAACCGAAUACGAUGCUUUCUUACCAGAAAAUUCGCCACCGAAGACCUUGGUCUACAAGGCGAUCGCUCAUGAUCGCGACUCACCGAAAAAUGCCAUCAUCAAUUACUCCAUUAUUGGUGGAACUGGACGUGAUUUGUUUUCGAUCGAAGCCAGUACUGGUAUUAUCAGAUCAAAGGCUACAUUCGAUUACGAAGAACAUAAUCGUUACACACUGGACGUCAUGGCCAUGAAUCCUGAUUCUCCCAUGAAGAACAAAACCAAAGUCAUCGUGCAUAUUACGGGAGUGAACGAGUUCUAUCCGAAGUUUAUUCAGCCUGUGUUUCACUUCGAUGUUUCCGAAUCGGCGGAGAUUGGAUCAAGCGUAGGUGUAAUUCAAGCAACGGACAAGGAUGCCGGCGAGGACGGAAAAGUCUAUUACCUGUUGGUAGGAUCUAGUAACGAUAAAGGGUUCAGUAUUCAUCCGGAAACGGGAAUGAUGAUCGUAUCGAGGAAUCUAGAUCGUGAAACGCAAUCUCGAGUGGUACUGACGGUUUUGGCUAAGAACUUUGGGGGCAUACGGGGAAACGACACCGAUGAGGCCCAAGUGAUCAUAUCCAUCCAGGAUGGGAAUGAUCCACCAGAAUUUCUACUCGAUUUUUACGAGGCUAAUGUUUCGGAAGGUGCUCAAGUUGGAACGCGAAUCAUCACUGUGAAGGCCGUAGAUAAGGAUGUUCGACCGCAGAACAAUCAAUUCAGUUACUCGAUUAUUGGAGGCAACAAUGAACACUCAUUCAAAAUAGAUCCCCAAACGGGCCAAAUUGAAACUUCGAGGAUACUUGAUCGGGAAACUAUACCAACACACAAGUUAAUUCUCGGAGCUAUAGAUACAGGAUCACCUCCGCAAACUGGUACAACUACUGUUAAGAUAUCCGUCACCGAUAUCAACGACAAUGGACCUACCUUUGACAGUAAAGACACGAUUGGUUCUGUACUAGAAAAUGAACCUCCACAUACGGUGAUAAUGACGCUUACUGCAAGUGAUCCAGAUCUUCCACCAAAUGGUGCACCAUUCACCUACUACUUAGUCGGAGGACGUCACAAGUCAUUAGUUACGCUCGAAAAGCAUUCUGGAGUCCUCAAGACUUCUCGUAGUAUCGAUCGUGAGACAACUCCACAACUUGAUAUACUCGUAGAAGUGGAAGAUAAUGGAACACCCAAAAUGAAAACACAACAUACCAUCACUGUAAAUGUCAUGGAUCAGAACGACAGCCCAUCGACGCCGAGAAUUGUCCAUGUACUUGUUUACGUUUUCAACAACCAAAUCAAUGGCGACAUUGCCAAUGUACAUCCCAAUGAUCCGGAUACCACUGGAGACUACCGUUGUAAAAUCGUGAGCGAUCUCAACAAAAAUCCUGUAACUACAUUCUCCAUAAGCUCAGGCUGCAAACUGCGUCCAACCUCAUCAUCAAUUCCGAGCAACGGACACAGUUUCCUGGUAUCAGGAAACGAUGGGAGGCAUGCUGAUGUCUUGUCCACGGUCAGUGUAGAGUUUCUCCGUUUCGAUAACGUCACUGUGGAGAAUUCCAUCAGCAUUCGAAUCGAAAAUAUGACAAGCAGUCGAUUCCUUGCCAACUACUACAGGAAUUUCAUUGACAUUCUGAAGUCAUCGGUAGAUAAUUCUGACGAACUGAUCGUAUACAGCUUCUUGGAUGUCGAAAAAGCGAUGGACAUUUCUGUUGCAGUAGCAAAUAGCAACAAGGGAUUCCGAUCGAAGAAAUACAUCAUCGAACGGUUCAGUAAAAAGCAAGACGCGAUCAACCUGUUACUUCAAAGCUCAAAGAUCACAAUCGAUUUCAUACCUUGCGAUGCGAACACCUGUGAUAACGGAGGAGUAUGCUACGAAAAAAUCAACGUCUACGAAGAUGUUCAAAUCACGGAUAGUCAAUCUCUGAUCUUCACAUCGCCCUUGGUGAAGCACGACUUCAGAUGUAAGUGCUCCGAUGGGUACACGGGUCAAAAGUGUGACAAACGGCAGGAUCCUUGCGCACCGAAUCCAUGUCAAGCGGGUGGACAAUGUCGACGUCAAGGUUACGAUUUUCAGUGUUCCUGUCAACCGAAUCGGGAAGGCAAGUUUUGCCAACUGGAACGUGGAGACAUUUGCUCAAGUAGUCCUUGCAAGAACGGUGGUUCAUGCCGAGAAAGCUCCGAUGGUUCUUCGUUCUUUUGCCUCUGCCGACCGGGCUAUCGAGGAAAUCAGUGUGAAGCGGUAGCAGAUUCAUGUCGACCCAAUCCGUGUCUCUAUGGAGGACUAUGUGUGAGCUUGAAACCUGGUUACAAAUGUAGCUGUGUAGACGGACGGUAUGGGAGACACUGUGAAAAGACGACGUUUGGGUUUAAGGAACUAUCAUACAUGGCGUUUCCUGCUCUAGAUUCGGCUACCAAUGAUAUAUCGGUGAUCUUUGCGACAACCAAGCCGGAUGCUCUGCUGAUCUACAACUAUGGUAUUCAAAGCGGUGGGCGAUCGGAUUUCGUUGCAAUGGAAAUAGUCAAUGGCCGAGCGGUGUUUUCAUUUGGAGGCGCAAGGACAGCCAUUACAUCGCUGGUGGUAGGACAGGGAGCCACCAGUGGAAAUACCAUAUCCAACGGGAAGUGGCACAAAAUCACUGCUACAAGAAAUGGACGGGUUAUGUCAUUGAGUGUUUCCAAAUGCUCGGAGAAUGGAGAUUACUGCGAAGACUGUAGACCGGGCGAUACAACUUGCUAUGCAGACGAUACUGGUCCUACUGGAACGCUAAACUUCAACAAACAUUUCCUAUUGGUAGGAGGCCUUGCAUCCGCUGAUCCAGUCCUAGAGCGUCCGGGUCAGGUUCACUCCGACGAUCUUGUUGGUUGCGUGCAUAGUGUGUCUAUCAACGGCCGAGCACUAAACUUGAGCGCUCCCAUGAAAUCAUUCGGUGUUGAGUCUACCUGUAAAAGAGGCAGCAACGGAGGACCUUGCAGCCUUGGACUUCCUGAUGAUCCAGCUCAACCGCUUUGCGGUCCAUUCGGACAAUGUAUGGAUCGGUGGCAUACGGCCAUGUGCCGCUGUGGAGGAUCGAUUCUUUCACCAGAUUGUUCCAAUUCUUUGGAGCAUUACUCAAUCGCUGAUGGUGGAUUCAUUGAGUUUGAAAUUUCUGAAAAGCACAAACGAAUGCAACUGCUAGAGAACAUCUACAGUGGGAAGAACAUUUGGAGCUACGAUGUCACGAGGAACAAGCGCUAUUCGAUAAAAACGGAGAACAUUUCCAGCCUGACAAUAGCUGAAGACCCACCGAAAUAUAUGAGUAUGCUUUUCAAAACUAACAAACCAAAUGGUUUACUUAUCUACGCAGCGACCAACAAACACUACACGUCGAUCGAACUGAAGAAUGGAAAGAUUUUUUAUAAUUCUCACCAAGCUUCGUACGUUAACAUUACGGCAUAUACACCGGAAAAUCUAGCCGAUGGAAACUGGCACAACAUAACUCUCCAUGCACACAAUCGAAUAUUACAGGUGAUAGUCGAUGGUAAAAAUGUGAUUGAAGAUCUGGACUCGGCCGGAGUUCACGAUUUCCUCGAUCCCUAUCUAACUGUGCUGUCGAUUGGAAAUGUGCGGAGAGAACUGUUCGCUAACGAAGCGAUGCCAUCAUACUUCCAGGGAUGCUUGGCUAACUUUACCAUCAACAGUGAGAUCCAGCCAUUUAAUGGAUCAGGCAGUAUUUUCAAAAAGGUAAUUCACCGUGGAAAUGUCAUUCCUGGUUGUCUGCUGGCCGGGUUGGGAGCUGCUCAGGUUACGGACCCCUUGAGUAUCGGUGUCACGCUUGUGAUAAUAUUCUUCAUUGUGCUAUUGGUAGCCAUCCUGCUCUCGUUUUUGGUGUUCCGCCUACGGAAGCAACACAAAGAAAAAAGUGGAGGUCUUGGAGGUCCAUCGGCAAUGCAUUCAAAGCAGAAUGGUGGGUCAACUUUGCUGAGUACUUCCCAGCUGGUUUCGUCGGGAGUUCAUAGUGAUAUCGGAAGAGGUCUUCACGUGAACGACUUAUCGGUUGUCGGAUAUCACUCGGAUAACAACGAAAUGCUACGCGGAGUAGGAGGUCACCAUCUGGUUGGACCGGAGUUGAUCUCUAAAAAAUACAAGGAACGAGAUAUAACCAACAAUGAGCCUCAGAGACCGCAACGCCCGGAUAUCAUUGAGCGUGAGGUAGUGAGUAAAAGUCCUCCGUUGCGAGAGGACCAUCAUCCACCAUUGCCACCACCAAGCCAGUCCCAUCAUCCUCAUGAUCAUACCACUCCAGUUGAUCUUGGCUCCGAAUAUCCAGAGCACUACGAUCUAGAGAACGCUAGCUCGAUAGCCCCUUCCGAUAUCGAUAUAGUCUACCACUACAAAGGAUACCGUGAAGCUGGUGGAGUGCGGAAGUAUAAAGCUACCCCACCUCCGGUAGCAACCUACACCCAUCAUAAACAUCAGACUUCAGCUCAACAGCAGCAUCGCCAUUCGCCACAUCAUGCGGGACCAUACGCUCCAAGAGUUCCACCGCAGGCUAGUCAACCUCCGCCAUCGAAUACUCCUCGACCGCAUCAGACUACACCACUCGCACGGCUUUCGCCAAGUUCAGAACUCAGUUCACAGCAGCCUCGGAUCCUCACCUUGCACGACAUCUCAGGAAAGCCUCUGCAGAGUGCUCUCCUAGCAACGACAUCUAGUUCCGGUGGCGUUGGCAAGGACGCACUGCAUAGCAAUAGUGAACGCAGCCUCAACAGUCCAGUGAUGAGUCAACUCUCUGGACAGAGCUCCAGCGCCAGCCGGAAAAAUCCAGGUGUUCCACAGCAACCACAGAACGUUAAUUCUGUGGUUCCAGGACCUAUGGGACUAACGGCCGAAGAGAUUGAACGACUUAACUCACGUCCCCGGACGUCAAGCUUAGUAUCAACGCUAGACGCUGUUUCCAGCAGUAGCGAGGCACCACGAGUGCCAGCUCCACAUCUUACACACAUGCAUCACUCGCCAGCAGUCGAUGCUCAUAGUUCCACCUCGACCGAUGAGUCGGGUAACGAUAGCUUUACCUGCUCAGAGAUCGAAUACGACAACAACAGCAUCAACGGUGACAAAUACACCAAGAACCGAGACGACACCAACCGGAGAGUGGUGAAUGAUAAUAACAACAGCAACAAACCACCGCACCUACCGCCAUCGUCAUAUGAUGGAUUCGAUUCCUCCUUCCGAGGAUCGCUCAGUACGCUUGUCGCAUCCGACGAUGACCUGUCCAGCCAUAUGGUGGGCAUGUAUCGGCAACCAAAUGGUGCAUCCCCAUCGGCUACAGGUUGGGACUACCUGCUCAAUUGGGGACCCAACUUCGAGAGCCUGAUGGGAGUGUUCAAGGACAUUGCCGAACUGCCUGACACGGUCAACGGAAGGGUACCCAGCUCUCUGCGGAUACCGGCGGGGGUACAGAAACCUUCGGAAGAAUACGUGUAGAAAUGUAAAAUUCCAAACUAGCUCGAAGAAGACAGAUUUAAAUAACGUGUAAAUACUAGCGACAACUGAAUUUUAAUUAGUAUGAUUAUUUGAGUUUACAGAAAACGAAAAGAGGAGAUGUAGAAUGUGAAGUGAAACAAACACUUUCCACACCCAUUGUGUGCAAAUUUUUGCUUUACCUUGUAUCAAGGUACGACCUCGAGUUCUAUGUACACAUAAGCAGUAGGAAGAAACCACGGGAGAAGACGUGUGAAAGAGAAAUAAAGCUGUACUUAUAGCGCCAUCUGCUGAAAACACUUGUACGUAUAGGCAAAUUGAAAGUCCUCCAAAUGUGCAUUUAUUACCAUGACACCAGGCGUGCGUUUAUGCGUCCCCUUCCGGGCGUCCAUUCACGUUCCCUGGAAUCAGUGAACCGGGCCCGAUGGGGACAUUUUUUUAAACUAGAAAACUGAAUCAGUGCUAUGUUCUAUGAUAGGGUGUUGUAUACACGAUAAGAGAUUUGCAAAGUUUUAAACUGUAAAUAGGCAAUUUUAGCUAAAGGAAAAACGAAGGAGAAUCAAUGUAAACUAUCUUGCCAUAUGCUUUCUCGAACAAAAAUGAAACUCUUUCAACAAUUUUGUCCCUAGGAGUAGGUAAUCUUUUUAAAGCAAUAACAUAUUCGUAAAUAAACGACUUCCAAAUGAGACUGUUUUAAUUUUGUAAAAUAGAACUGUAGGAUGUUAGCCAUGUAAGUUUCAAACGGUAGGAUAUUCCCAUUUUAACAAAUUAAAUAAUUCAAAAUUUACAUGUACAAAUAACGAUUUUCCAUUUUGGCAGCGAGACAAUAUGUAAAUAGUCUAGUAACAAAACAACUCAAAAUGAUUCUAGUGAAAUGAAUUUCUGUAAAAUUUCAAACAAAACAGGAAAUAAAUGUUAACUAUGAAA